AUGGAGUCCAUCUUCCACGAGAAACAAGAAGGCUCACUUUGUGCUCAGCAUUGCUUGAGUAAUCUGUUGCAAAGAGGAUAUGUCAGCCCCAUGGAGUUGUCGUCUAUCGCGCACCAACUGGACGAAGAGGAGAGAUUGAGGAUGGUGGAAGGGGGUGUUACCAGCGAAGACUACCGCACAUUUUUACAGCAGCCUUCUGGAAAUAUGGAUGAUAGUGGUUUUUUCUCUAUUCAACUUAUAAGCAAUGCCUUGAAAAUCUGGGGUUUAGAACUAAUCCUGUUCAACAGUCCAGAGUAUCAGAGGCUUGGGAUCAAUCCCAUAAGUGAAAGGUCAUUUAUAUGCAAUUAUAAAGAACACUGGUUUACAGUUAGAAAAUUAGGAAAACAGUGGUUCAACUUGAAUUCUCUCUUGACGGGUCCAGAAUUAAUAUCAGACACAUGCCUUGCACUUUUCCUGGCUCAAAUACAACAGGAAGGUUAUUCUAUAUUUGUUGUUAAGGGUGAUCUGCCGGAUUGUGAAGCCGACCAACUCCUGCAGAUGAUCAGGGUCCAAGAGAUGCAUCGACCAAAGCUUAUUGGAGAAGAAAUAGCACAAUUUAAAGAACAGAGAAUCCAGAAAACAGACCUGGAACAAGCCUUAGAAACCAAUGACAGGCCAGGAGCGUUAGAUGACGAUGAGGAGGACUUGUGGCGGGCUCUGGCUCUAAGUCGCCAACAGAUUGACAUGGAAGAUGAAGAAGCAGAUCUCCGCAGAGCUAUUGUGCAAGGUAGUUCCAGAAAUGUAUCUCAAGAUACCCCGCAGACAUCAGGUACAAAACUUACUUCAGAAGAGCUACGGAAGAGAAGAGAAGCCUACUUUGAAAAGCAGCAGCAGCAGCAGCAGCAGGAUCCGCCAGGACAGCUUUCACACCCAUCGGAAACACCAACCAUGAGUUCAGGAGCACUGGGCAGGGAUCUAGGUGAUGCUAUGAGUGAAGAGGACAUGUUUCAGGCAGCUGUGACCAUGUCUUUAGAAACUGUCAGCAAUAAUUUCAUAACAAAGGAGAAACAAUAA